UCUUCAAUUGACACCAUGAAGACCUUCUUCUUGCUCCUCCUCCUUUCUCUAAGCCUAGCAGCAAGCACCACCAUCGCCUUUGCGCAAUGCAACAAUGAUGUUCAAGGAGAGAGUACUACCACCAAAGACCCUCUUAUUCCUCCUCAUAUUGGUUUUGCCCACUGCCCAGAUGAGACUAUAAAGAAGCUGGAUGUUUGCCAGGAUUACAUGAAGGAGCGGUGUAUGCCGGGCCGGGACUGGAGAUGGUGGAAAAGCUGCAAGAAAGUGCAGAGAAUGUGCUGCCAACAGUUGGCGGAGACGCCGCAGAAGUGCCGCUGCAAGACUAUCUGCAAAGGAUUCCAGAGCGAGCUCGGACAGAUACUGGAACAUGCUGACCUGUACGGUUCUUUCCUGCAGAGCACUGUUGCCAGUCUGACGAAGAGGGCCCAGAGCCUGCCCUCCGUGUGCAACAUGACCCCAAGAUCCUGCAACCUUCCCACCACCGCCACCGGUCGCUGCUUCUGAUUAUUUUAUGCUAGUUAUGUAGCUUAAUUAGCUUCCUUUGGUGACCAAUAAACUGUAUGUCGUUGUUCCAGUGUAUGGGACCAAUAAAUGUAGUCACCAUGGAAUAAUAUAUGAAUAAAGUUUUCUCUUGAAUG